AAUAUUUCAUUGUUCCGAGCAAUUCCAGAUUUGAAUUAAAACAAAUAGCAACUGAGAACCUUUUGUAUUGUCACUUUUAGUCCUCGCUCGAACUGAAUCAACAGUAUUAUGAAUUGCUUGACUGUGGGCAUCGAAUGAUUUGCCUCUUUCACAAACCUAGUUGAAAAUGAUGUUUCAAAGUUGGUUUUGUAGGGGAAAUGUCGUUCAAUAUGUUGCUGCUAUUUCUGGUGCCCUCUCAAUAGCAAGUUAUGGCAUGAACUCAACAUGGAUGUCACCGUUUCUCCCUUAUCUACUCUCCAAAUCGUCCAUUAUCCCCAUGAACAGCGAUGAAGCCGCAUGGUGCGCCAUAGCUCCUCUAAUCGGCUGCAUAUUCGGGGCUCUCAUAGGUGCUAACCUAACUGACAGAAUAGGAAGAAAGUACACCAUCCUGAUCAUGGCGCCGGUAGUAUUCAUCUGCCAAAUCGGCAUCGGUUACGCCACCGACGUUUGGUAUCUGUUUGCAUUGAGAAUGACAAUAGGAGUGACGGACGGGGCGUGUCUGACAGCGAUGCCUAUGUACGUCGGCGAGAUCGCUUCUCCAGACAAAAGGGGAUUUCUUUCGUCGCUGGUUUGCCUGUUUUUCCUCUGCGGUGCCUUGCUGAUAAACACUCUCGGAUCGUUCUUCAGCAUUUGGACGUGCAGCAUCGUGGGUGCUUGUAUUCCAGCUGUGCACUUCAUAGGUUUUAUUUUCAUGCCCGAGUCUCCUCAUUUUUACGUCAAGGUAAAGGAGUACCAGAAAGCGGAGAGGUCACUGAGGAUCUUCAGAGGUGACUCAAAUGUCGCCAAGGAACUGGAGAUGCUCAAAGAUUCAGUGCGACUUCAAGAAGAGAUUCCCAAGUUCACCGAUCUGUUUACGGUGCCUAGCAAUCGAAAGGCCACUGGAAUUUACGUUAUUUUAUCCCUGGCUGUGAGAGCAACUGCCAAAGCUCCUUUUUCGUCCUACACUAGAUUGGUAUUUGAGGAAUCCGAAAGCAGUUUGAGCCCAAUAGCUUCCACCAUCGCCUGCUGUGCUGUUGAACUACUCGUAGUGAUGUUCACGACCUAUUUCAUCAUCGACCGCUUUGGCAAGAGGUUUCUGGCAAUAAUUUCCCUUGCUGGGUGUGGUGUCGCCCUCUGUGUCAUGGGACUGUAUUUCUACCUGAAGGACUACCACCGGGACGCCCUUCCGUACCUGAACUGGCUUCCAUUAACUACUUUGGUCUUUUACACCGUUUUGCAUAGUAUCGGCAUUUCCUACGCCCACAUGUGCUAUUUGAGCGAGCUCUUUCCUACGAAUGUCAAGGCUAAUGCGCUCUGUUUGGCAGAAAUUUUAAUGGUGUCCACUGGAGCUAUAUCGACCAAGAUGUUCCAGUUGAUGAAUGACGGAUUCGGGACCAUGUGGGUGUCUUUCUUCUGCUUCACAGGUUUCUGUGCGGUUAAUUUGUUUUUCAUCGUGAAGUAUGUACCAGAAACUAGAGGGAAGAGUUUGGAUGAGAUUCAAAUGUUUUUGAAGGGUGAGCAGGAACAGACUAAUCAGUUUAAGGCAUAAAGUGCUGUGACAUAUUUUGAUUUAUGUGCGUGUAUAUAUGUAAAAUAUAACAUACCUAAGUAAAAGUUAAAAACAGCAAAAUUGAA